AUCCGGUCCCGGUCACGAUUCUGGAAAUCUGUGGCUGCAACAAAUUCGAAGCUCGGAUCGCAGAUCUUCCGGGAGUCCGAUCGCGGCCGUCUUUGGGGCGAUGAGUGGCCGUUGACUGAAUCUGCAUCGCCCCUCUCCUCGGAGCUGCUCUUGCCAUGGCACCUUCGAUCGCAAUGCAGGUCGCCUGGACCUUCUCGAAGACUAUACGCCCAGCUGUGACGAUCUUUGGCAAAGUCGGAUCUUUGGAGACGGAUGGAUGGAUGGAUGAUCGAUCGAUUGAUUCGUGGGAGCUGGCCAUCGAUGCAAUUGGAGCUCGUUCGUUUCAGCGUGCCUCCGUUGAUGCAGACUCUUCAGUUCUUCCAGGGAUCGACAGCACUGACAGUCAGGAUUGACAACCGAGCAAUUCCUUGGGAAAGAGUCCACGCUCUUCUUCUUGGCACCGUGCCUUGCGAGUACGAGUGGUGAAGCUGACAAUCCUGGGACUCCGUCGACAGACUCAGAGGUACCUUCGACACUCGCGUUCCUUUAAAAGUCUUGUUACAGUCUAUAAAUGAAUUUCUGCUGUAUGAUGUAUCAUUUUAUGAUGCAGUAUAUAAAGCAAGUAAUAAAGAGCCUCUAAAGUUGCAGUGUGAUGGAAGUUGUAACUUUAUUGAAUUCCUUUCAUAGGC